AUGGAAUCCUUGGUAGCAGAUCCUGCCAACCUCAUGCAGAUCGCCGAAGGAAAGACAAAGAUUGUCUUUCAGAUCAAAGGACACGAUGACUUUGUUCUGAUCAGAUCUAAGGACCAGAUAACGGCAUUCAACGCCGCUCGAAAAAAUGACCUCAAAGGAAAGGGUCGAUUCGCCAAUAAAACCACCGCAAACGUAUUCAAACUUCUAAACAGCAUUGGUAAACUAGCAUUUUCCUACGUACAGGCCAAUAGAAUGAAGGGUUGGAAUGGUACUGUUGCAGGGCUGGCGACGCACUUCGUUGCCGAGGCGGGCGACAACGAGUUCGUCGCGAAGAGAUGCGAGAUGAUUCCUAUUGAAUGGGUGGCGAGGAGGAUCGCGACUGGCUCAUUCCUUAGGAGAAAUCCUGGAGUUCAACAGGGCUAUCGUUUUAAGCAACUAAAGAUGGAGACGUUCUUCAAGUACUCUGACGAACAAAUCGAAUGUGCUAACUUCGAAUUUAACGGGCUUAAAAUAGGAAAAGCUGAGAUCAACCAGAUGAAAAAUAUGACGUCUGUGAUAUUCAAAGUGCUGGAAAAGUGCUGGAACAAGCAUAAUUGUGUUCUUAUCGAUAUGAAGGUUGAGUUCGGUGUCAGCACUGAUGGACAGAUACUACUUGCCGACGUCAUCGACAACGACUCAUGGAGAGUUUGGCCUCACGGUGAUCGUCGACUUCAACUAGACAAGCAGUUCUACAGGGAUAUGAAAGAAGUCACUUCGGAAGCCCUUCAAGAGCUUAUUUCCAAUUAUGAAAAGGUGAUGGAAUUAACCGCUGGGUUCUGUUCAACCACGCCGCUUUGCCGUGCCAUGAUUAUCAUGGGGUCUCCUUCCGAUCGUGAUCACUGUGAAAGAAUUUCUGCUAGUUGUAAAUUACUCGGAAUAGCUUCGAUUCUACGUAUCAGCUCCGCACACAAGGCAACUCACGAAACCCUGGAAAUUUUGAGCGAAUAUGAGAAUGAUGGGUUCCCAAUGGUCAUAAUUGCCGUCGCAGGACGUUCCAACGGCUUAGGACCAGUGCUUGCCGGUAACUCUACGUUACCAGUGAUCAACUGCCCUCCUGUCAAUGAGAAUAACAUGAUGCUUGAUAUAUGGUCUUCUGUUCGUAUGCCUUCCGGGAUCGGUUGCUCCACCGUCUUCGGCGCUGAGGAAGCGGCGCUCUGUGCCGCAAAGAUUCUGGCCUCGCACGACUAUAUGGUCUUCGGGAAAAUUCUCUGCCAGCAGUUAAACAACUUAGUAAAACUCCAGAAUGCGGACAAGGCCAUUUAA